AUGGCAGCACUUGCUGCCGCUCGCAGCCUGGACAUAUCAGAGUUGCAGAUGUUAGUCGAGUUCCCAGGUGACCUGAACAAUUUGGAUUACCACCAUCGGAUCCUAUGGUAUCGAGUUGAUAGAUCCACUUGGAUUAUCUCUACCCCUGAUUAUGAUGUCUAUGAGGAGGAUUAUGAUGGCAUGACAGUGAUUCCUCUCAACCGAAAUUCUCCAUAUCCUGCCCAGUAUGCCGGGAUGAUGUAUGUGCCCAAUGCAGCUAACUUGAUGAUGCAGUACCAAGACAUGAAGCGUCAGGCCGAUAGUCUUGCUGUUGUUCGAGGGUGUGCUGAUCGGCCGGGAGUUCCGGCGCCUGCGGGAGAUGGGGGAGGAGGGCAGUGGAGAGUCGCUGACGUUGAUUCCAAACAUUUUGGCAACAUCAUUCCUCAUGGUGAGCUCAGUGACCCCCAGACCAAUGUGAUGUUGGAGGCUGGGGAAGCCAGAAAGCGACUUCACUUGAAGGGUGGAGAGAUUUUGACCUUAGAGCUUGUUGAGGACUAUGACAAGUGGAAGGAGGCAAAACGUCCAGGGCUUCCAGGAGGAGACGCAGGGGACUUGAGGAUCUUAGGGUGUAGCCGCUUGUCUUCCGGCAAACGUCAAUUGAGUCUGAUGAAGGCCUUGGAGACGAUGCAUCCUGAGGCUUUCAGCGACUGGCCACACCGAGGACCAAAGGCGACAAAGGAGUUCCUUGAGUCAGUGCUGGAGAAUGGAGGCGAUUUGUCAACCUACCAUGCCUCGUUCAUGAGGAAAUCGGGGCUUUCAGACCACAGCGCCGCAGCCCAUGAGUUGAAGAACUUGCUUCAGGUUCUGAGGCUUGGCAUCUCUUACGAUCAGCUCGAUGUCAGCAAUCUGGCAGCUAUGGAGCAGGUCGUGAGGCGCAUUGUGGAGAUCCAGAUUGCCGUCCGUCGGAAUCCAAAGCAUCCCACCUUUGACUCCUUCGACUACAACACUCGUGGAACCGUCGACGAGGUUGGAGGAGCAAGAGCCGCUGGAUACUUUGAAUGGAUGGCAGAGCAACAGAAAACCGAGGCCAAGACUCUGAAAUCGACUCGUGAAUGGCGUCAAGAGCAAGAUGCCGAGAGGAGGAGGUCGAAGCCUGAGAAGGAUAGCAGUGGAGAUGAUGGUGAAGGUGGCAAGGGAAAGAAGAAGAAAAAGAAGAAGAAGGGUGGCGCCCCCUCAGGAGGCGUCGGGUUCGUGCUUCCCCAGCGCUCACUGGUGAUUCUGAAGAGUCGUACAGGUUUGGGGUGA